AAAAGCCUUUUCUUAAGCAAUUAUCAAGCUAACUACAAUGAAAUCAGUUUCUCCUGCUUAUUUCUUUUUAUUCUUGAAUAUUUCCUUUAAUUUAUUUUCAUUUGCUGUUUCUGAAGAUGCACCAGUUUUAGUGAAACCACUCGACUGUAAAUGUUCAAAACCAUUUUGUGAUAUUUUUAGUGUCUCAACACCUGGUCCAGGUGCUUGCAAGUGUCUAGUAUGUGUUACGCCAGAACUUGGAGGUAAGUGCUAUAAUUCUUCGUUCGAUGGACACCCAACUUGUGGCAAUGUAUUUACUUGCUGUAAUGGAAUUUGUCAAAGGGGACCUUGUAAUGAAUGCCAUGAACCGUGUGGAGUACCAUAUUGUACGCCUGAAAGUAUUUAUGUAUACGGUCCCAAACCUUGUAGAUGUAUUUCCUGCGUUGAGCCAGAACCUGGAGGUAAAUGUUACGAAACGUUCGACGGUACCCCUACUUGUGGAGAAGAGCUUACGAACCUGACUUGUAGCAAUGGAAUUUGUCGGCCUAGUAAUUUAGCAGAAAUUUGCAAUUGUCCCCCCGCACGCUGCCCCCCUGGAGGUGUUAUAGUAGCAGGACCAGUACCAUGUAAUUGUCAAACAUGUGUUAUCCCAGAACCAGGUGUUAAAUGCUUGAAACCUUAUAACGGAACUCAAACUUGCGGAACAAACUUUGCUUGCUGCAAAGGCAUUUGUCAAGAAAAAUCCAAACCCUGUGAAAAACCUUGCUCAUGCCCAAAACUUUCAUGUGACGUUUCAAGUAUCUCGAUACCUGGACCAGGUCCUUGUAAAUGUCCAAUAUGCGUAACGCCAGCGUCUGGAGAUGCAUGUUACAAAUCUUCACUUGAUGAUCAACCAAUUUGCGGAAAUGUUCUUACUUGUUGUAAUGGAACCUGUCAAACAAAACCUUGUACAAAAAAAUGCAAAUGUCCACCAAUACCUUGUACUGAAGGUAUUUUAGUACCAGGACAGGAACCUUGUAAAUGCCCAACGUGUGUUAUUCCAGAACCUGGAGAUAAAUGUUUUGAAUCUCGAAACGGUGCUCUAACUUGUGGAACAAACCUCUUAUGCUGUGAAGGAUUAUGUCAAGAAAUCUCAAAGCCAUGUAAUGGACCUUGCCAGUGCCCGAAACCAUUUUGCGAUCCUGAAGAUAGUAUCUUUAUACCUGGUCCAGGACCUUGUAAAUGUCCGAUAUGUGUUAAACCAGAACCAGGAGAUAAAUGCUACUACGAAUCAUUUACUAGUAUCAUUACCUGUGGAAAUAGACUCACUUGUUGUAAUGGAAUUUGUCAAGAUGGAUCUUGUGAUCGAUGUGACCAAUGUGGACAUUUAUAUUGCACCUCGAAAAGUAUAAAAGUAUUUGGACCAAGACCAUGUAGAUGUCCAUAUUGCAUUGAACCAGUACGUGGUGGUCCAUGCUUUGAAUCAUUGGAAGGUAAUCCGACCUGUGGAGAGGACUAUCCCAAUCCAACAAAUCUCACUUGUUGCAAUGGAGUUUGUGUUGAUACUUUUACCAAUCCUUGCAGAGAAAGUUGCUAUUGUCACCAAGUAAACUGUUAUGGAAAAGCUGUUAUAGUAUCCGGACCGGAACCUUGUAAAUGUCCCAAAUGUGUUCUACCAGAACCUGGCAAUAAUUGCCUCGAAACUUUGGAAGUAGAUUUUAUUUGUGGAUCAGACAUGGUUUGUUGUGACGGAUGGUGUCAAAAAAAUGGCACAUGCUAAUGCGCAUGAGUCUAUUGCCGAACUUUAUUCUAGGAUAUAUUCUGAUACCACGAAAAAUACAUUUUAAAUAUUCAACAUAUGCUUUUCCAGAUACAAACUGUGAACUGUUUCUUAGUGGACGCUAUUUACUUAUACCAACUUUCGCCAUAAUUUUUUCAAUAAUUAUUGGAUUCGGUAACGAAAGUAUAUUUCUUUAGCUUGAUAUUGAGUUUGCUUUCAAAUGGUAGGUACUUUACAUUAUGCAUAAUAUUUUAUAAAAUUUAUUUGGUUCAUAUUCGCUCUUAAUGUGUACCUAGGUAUAUUAAUAAAAAUAUUAUUUGUAUUUCA